AUGUUUGCCGCGUUUGUGCCGGCGCUGGUUGCAUCAUCGCUCCCAAGCUCCGAGCUGGCCCCAAACAUCCCAAAAACAUCCCAAAAUCGAAAAGACGCGCCAAUUGACCGGCACAGCCAUGCUACGACCGGCUGCCUCGCCCUGGAAUACGCUUGUGCACCGCACAGCCGCGGCAACUACAAGGCGCACGCCAAUUGCCUCGCGCUGCAUCAACAUCCAUGCGACAAGCUCUUCCGCUGCGCCAUCACUCGAGCCACAGGUGAAGGUCGAUGCAGAUUCAGUGGCCCCAGCGUCGCCUGGUAUGCUCUUACACUGGAGGUGAAUCGACGACAUCAUGUGACUGACACGCAUGCAGAUGCCCGCUUCGAAGUCAUUGGCACGCCCUUCUCGCUCCUCUCCGUCUCCCUCUCCGCCUCACAGACGCUCUACACCCGCCGGGGAACAUUGGUUGGCCUCAGUGGGAAGUCGGAAAACACGCUGUCCACUCUCUCCGUCCUCGGGCCUUUUCGACGUGCACCAGUCGGCAUCCCGUUCCUCUACCAGAAAGUCUCGUCCACGAGUCCCGUCACAGCUCUUGUUUCGACAAAGUCACCAAUCUCGAGCAUAGUGUCAGUCAAUCUGGAUGGAAGGCAGGACUGGGUCAUCAGCCAGCGGCAGGCCCUGCUUGCAUGGACUGGCCAUACGCUAAAGUUGACGCCACAGUACAACGUCAAACUGGGGCUGACCAACUGGGGCAACACAUACAUCACAGGCAGAGGACUGCUUGCCCUAGCAGGUAGUGGCCAGAUAUAUCAGGUCCAAGUCAAGGCUGGCGAAAGCUAUGUUGCGCAUCCUAGCAACGUUGUGGCAUACACCGCCUCCUCAACACCACCGCUUCCAUUCCGUUUCAAGUCGUCCAACAUCCGCUUCCAGGUCCCAGAUCUCGGCUUCGGCACAUUGGUACAGCGCGUGCGGUUCUUUAGGGACAUGACCAACACAGCAGCAUGGCGGACACUAGCCACCACAUACCACACUCUGAAGACAUUGAUGCGGAGAACAGUCUUCGGUGAUAGGGUGAGCAUUGCAUGCGCUUUUGAACCUUGGAUGUGCGACACUAACAGUCACCAGCUCUUCCUUCGCUUUGAAGGCCCCUCAACAUUACUCGUUCAGUCCCGUGCAUCUCGUAUUAGCGACGUCCUCACAUUACGAGACGUGAACGAAAUUGCAGAAAGUCCACCGGGCGCCGUACAAGACGCAGUAACUCGCAAGAUCAAGGAGGAGAUCAAGGAAAUCGAAGCAACAGGCACCACACCGCCACUUGCUUCAACAGACGCAUCAGGCACAAUCAGGCAUGCGACUGUUAAAGACGGAAAGGCCGAAUUUCAGCAAAAGUCAAGCUGA